AUGUUCGCUCGAAUUCGGCCUCAUAGAUUCGGACGCCCUGACUUUAAUUCGCGCUCUCAACGUCGUUUUCACCCUGAGGUCCAGUUGCAAGCGCAGUGGGAGGAACGGUUCGCAGAGGCAGUGUCCUUCUGGCAAAAAGCAUGGUCUACUACGGCUGCAGCGGUGAAAGAUUGUAACACUCAUUGCGUCAAGCUCAGCGAGGUGUUGGAAGCAUCUUUGGAUGAACUUGGUCACAACAGUAUGGAGGUCACGUCUUUGACACGCAGACUGCAGGUGCUGGAGGAGGCUGUCGGUCUUCCUCAGAGGCCUGGGCCACCCAGCACACGACGUGAAGACAACGAGGUGGCACUCGAAACUCUUCCCAGGACUCGCAUCCGCCUGGAAGGCCUCAGUGGGACCAGUGAUAGCUUCAAGCGCUUGUCAAACGAGCUGGCCCGGUUCGAACACGAGGUGUCGGCACAUUCGCAGAAACUUCUAUCCGUUUCUCGCGUGACAAUGACGACGGAUGAUUGUCUGCCGGCACACUGUCAGACCGAUUCGUUUGCAGAUUGGCGCAAUCUCAAUGCAAUCAAGCAGGCUCCUUCCGUCGGACCGGUGGCCUCUUCGCGACCGUGGCCAGAGCGAUCUGAGCAGACACUCGGCUCUUGUGAGGCAUACAAGCCCAAGUCACAGACAACUGCUGGAGCAUUGCCACCCGCAGAUUGCCUGCAGGCCAGCAAGGGUGACAGAGUUCAACCUGGAGCUGGGCUACUGCCGAGGGCAGCAGUAGGCGGCAUACCUGCUGCCACAGAAGUUUCGCAGGUCCAGGUCCCGUCAGAUCAGAGGCACGACGCCUCGACUGGGAGGACCUGA